AUGGACUGCUCUACAAGCUCAUCCUCUACAUUUCCAGCCGACGAGUGGAACGAGAUCGUCGUCAAGGUCCUGAAUGUUUGGAGCGGCUAUCAGCUUGGAGUUCACAUUGAAGCAGGCGGACCAGAAACUCGGACAAAACACGAGUGGUUCGCCAACGUGCUGGCUGAACACAUUCGCGAGACCAAGGGCCUGAAAGCGGACAGCUUGGAGGAAUGGAUGGAGAGUAUCCUGUACAGCGACUUUGAUUUGGUUUUGGAGGACGACAGCACCUAUCCCACCGCGCGUCUUUUGCUAGAACUCUAUGGUUACCUAAAGAACAACAAUCGUGCUUCCCUCCAAAAGCUGUUGGCGACGCUCCCAUCUGAAGAAUCGAUUCGGUCUGCGCAACAGGCAGCGCGUGCUGAGGGUGGCGAUGGAGAAAGCACUAGCGGGGAUGAUGACGAUGAUGAAGGAUUACCCGAGGAGGACGAGGAAAUGAUGGAUGAUGGGCAAGCGGCACAAAAUGGGCAGCAAGCUGCUCGCCCUCCCCGUGAACGACAGCCGAAAACCGUGACUGAUGACGAUGGGUGGACCACGAUUGUGAAGCGCAAC